AUAAAGCCAAGAGCUUCCCUUUCUCCCAAUGCCCAUAUACGAUUACAAACUUUAUUGUGAAUUGAAGCAGCAGCAGCCAUGGGAGGGAGCGAGCAGCUGGACAUUAGCCUCAAGGACCUGUCUUUGAAGCUCCACGAGUUCGCCAAGGCCAGGAAUUGGGAGAAGUAUCACAGCCCUAGAAACCUUCUCCUUGCUAUGGUAGGAGAAGUAGGGGAGCUAUCAGAAAUAUUCCAAUGGAGAGGGGAGGUGGAGAAAGGGCUGCCAGAUUGGGAGGAAUCAGAAAAGGAGCAUCUUGGGGAAGAACUUUCUGAUGUGUUACUCUAUCUUAUCAGAUUGGCUGAUAUUUGUGGAAUCAACUUAUCUGAUGCUGCUGCCAAGAAGCUUGUUAAGAACUCCAUCAAAUACCCACCCCAAUAACUCCUUUAAUUUUACACCAUUCCCAUGAAUAUUUAAGUGUUUACCUGUGUGCRCUAUCUUUUCUAAAAGAAAAAUGCAAAAGAAAGAUAUAUAUUUUUUAUAUUUUUCAAAAGAUUGAAAAGUAUCAAAUUUUUAUAAGUGAUAAGCACAAAGAUAGUUGCUAAACGGUAAAUUGAGUUUUGUAUUUGAGCUUUGAAAUAACACUUCCAAUUUCUAAGUCCACAUCUUUGGUCUGAUCAUUGUUUUCUUUUYCCUUUCUACAUGUAUUUGAUACAACUUUUAGAUCA